GCUGGAGGCACACCAGACAUACGGGAUACUCCACGACUGGUGCCUGGCCGGUUGUGCCUGUCCACAGGCGCUGCAGAAACAGCAGCUGCAGGUCUCGGGCAAUUCUGCGGUGCCCUACACGAGCCACCAGGACUUGCGCGAGGAACCUUGGGUCCUUGAAUUUUCCAGGGUCCACCUUGCUUGCCAUGCAUCCCCCUGCACCCCCAGGGGACCUGGUGUUUCUGCACUGAGGCCACUGCCAUGCUUGCCCGUUAUUCUGAAUCCCUCGAGAAGGAGGGAGCUGCGGUUUAUUAGAAGACGUUUUUGACCUUGGCCUUAAGAAUGAAGGUUAAGAGAAAGAGAGGUGCUCAGGAGAAAGUAAGACACAGCCAGGAACGUGAGUGUGGACUCAUGUUCAAGUCCCUGAAGUCUCUGCUGUCGUUUGUGGAAAGGUCUGGCACAGACCAGGCUGGCCUUGAACUUUUUAGGUAGCCGAAGAUGGCCUUGAACUUUAGAUCUUCCAGCUGCCACAGUCUGACUGCAGAGGUUCCAGGACUACCCCUCAGCUCCCCGUUAAUGAGGUGCUGAAGGUCAGUCCCAGGGCUUCAUGUGUUUUAGGCAAGCAUCCUGCCGACAGGGCUCUGUCCCCAGCCCCUACUUUCAUUCGUGAAUAAGGGCAGAGCCCUCGCCGCUGAUCACCACUCACAAGCCCCACCAUGCAACUACUGUGGUGCUGGGGGUGAAGGUUCAUGAACUUUGGAGGAUGGAUUCAAUCAGGACCUUUCGCAUCUCUGGAUUAGAAACGUGCUCUUGGCCAUCCCAACUGAACCACAGCCGCUGAUAAACUUGACAUCAAGGGGCUUGUUGUACCAGACACACAGGCAGCGUGGCUGGCAUCAUUUUGUCUUCACAUUCGUAGAGUCAGUCGCCAUGCAGAUAGGAUGGUGCAACACCUUCUUAAUAUUUAACUAACUGCCGGGGGGGGGGGAUGGAGCAGGGCUGAAGCAGAACCUAGAAGCAAGCCUGCUCUCACUCACGAGAAGAAGCCACAGCGGAAGCCAUGAAGCCCAACUUUCCUGAGCUGGAGCAGAACCAGCAUGAACUAGGAAGCAUGUUUGAGGACAGGGGAGUAGCACUCUGUAUGUUCUUGCCUGUCUGCUGCCUGUAUCAUCUGUGAAGCCACCUGGAGAAGUAUGGCAGAAUCUGCGCUGCUGGGUCCAUCUCCUAGAGAAUGGGCUGAAGCAUAGGGCUGAGACAAAGUUCUCACAAAGACCAUUCUCCAAAAGCAUGUGCCAGGGCUGCUGCUAGGCAUGCACCCAGGUGGUGCUAGGGCAGCCGAGAGAACCAAGGCCAGCUUGGCCUGAGCUACACCCUCAGAGGGUGUCAGCCUGCAAAGUCCUCAGUACUGGCUCUCCCAGAGCUCAAAUAUUUAUACAAGAUAUUGGGAUGCUAGGAAUGGCCCCUGACCCUGCUGGCGUGGGAACCACAACCCUGUUCACAGGUCUCACUUUGCUUUCAUUCACUGGGCCUUGUACAUGUGUUCUUUCCGUCCCUCCUUGCUCUUUGUUGUUGUUUUUGUCAGAAGAGACUCAGGCUGUCCUGAAACUCGCUAUGUGGACCAAACUUGUCCCCAAAUUGAGGUAAUCUUCUGCUCACUCGCUCUUUCUUUCCUCCUUUUUUCUUUUCCUUCCUUCCCUCCUUCCUUCCCACCCCCUUCUUCCCUUCCUUCCUUUCUUCUUUAAACAGAGCCUUACUCUGUAUCCCAGGCUGGCCCCAAACUUGGGGUGAUUCUGUCUUAGCCUCCCAUGUGUCUCCCUCUCUCUCUGUCUCUGUCUCUCUGUCUCUCUGUCUCUGUCUCUCUGUCUCUCUGUCUCUCUCUCUCUCUGUGUGUGUGUGUGUGUGUGUGUGUGUGUGUGUGUGUGUGUACUGGGAAUCACGCUCAUGGCCUCAUGCACUCUGAGCAAACUGUCGCACUGCACCAUCUGGGCAGCACCUAACUGAGGACGAGUCCCUGAAGUAAAAGGCUAAGAGGCUGUGGCUUCCCAUGACGAUGACUUUGCAGCCCUCCCAAGGACUGAGCACUCAACAGUGGACGAGCCUUUGGAGGUAUUCAGGCCACCUGACUCUGAGAACACCUUUAGGCACAGAAUCUCGUUCCAUGCAGUGACAAUGUGGCUUUACUGCCUUCCUUCUCCCUGCACUGUGCCCCUAAAGUCAGCAGAUCCUAGCAAGCUUGCCAGAGUCAGAGCGAGACCUUUCUUCCUCCCUGAUGGUGAGUUCCUGCACGGAGAAAGGACCAGUUCCUGUGUGCUCGAGGCUUCUGUGGUGUUCCUGUCAAUCUUACCUCAGCACUGGCCAGAUUCACCUUCUCAAGGGCCCUGAAUGAUGCUUCUGGAAGAAGGCCUUUCUGAGAACAAUGCGCUGAAAGCUAAGAGAACUUGCCCCUCAUCCCACAGGCAUCUCUUACUGUAUUUGACAUUGUACUGUAAUCACAGCACUUAGAAGGCUGCCAUGUGUUCAAGGCCAGCCUGGGCUACGUAACAAGUCUCUGGCCUUCCAAGACUACACAGCAUAGUAUUUAUCACAAACAAAACACAACGCAACAGUCUUCAUCUCCCAUAUUACAGUUCCCUAUCUGAAACAAGUGCUUUUUAAAGGUUUCCUGGAGCUUUCCUGGCCAACAGGCCUAGCCUAAUUCGCAAGCCCAGGUCCCAGGGAGAGACUAUCUAAAAUAGCACAUGGGGAAGUUUAAUUAAUGUUUCUAGAAGUGAGGAAAGACACUUGAAGCUGACCUCUCGCUUCCACAUGUACACAGGUACACUCACACCCAUGAACACACACAUACACACACACACACACACACACACAAGAUCUCUUUACAGUUGCUCUAGAGAAUAAGUAAGAUGUUUGCACAAAGCACAGAGCACUUUAUACAUCUAGCAAGCUAGAAACGUGUUAUUAGGAUGCUAACCAGGCCGUGGUCCUGCCAAUCAAACAGGGAUACAGGCUGGUGGUGGGGUGGGAUUAAAGUCCAAAUAAGUGAAGGGCAGAAUCCUAAAGACGGCAUCCUGGAAGCGGGGGAGGAAGGCACUGGGGCUUGGGAAGGCAGAAGCAUGUUUGAGGAGUUGGAAGUAGCAUGUUGCAUGUUCUUUGGUGGGAGAAAGAAAGUGGUUGUGAGAUAUGUGUCGACAGUCUCUGGUACAAGGCCUGGAGAUCCAGAGCCCCAAACUAUGAGCCCCAAACCUGAAGUGGGCGGUAGGUCCUUCAGAAGAUUUCUCUGUUAGGGUCCGUCAUGACGAGGAAGGGCACUUUCUUCCUACCCAUCGUCCUGCCUUCUUAGCAUGGGCCUUGUCCUAGGGCUUGGCCACUCCCAGCAUGCAGCACCCCCACCCCUCAGCCGGGAUAGGAGGCAGGCGGAGGCUUUUUGCGGGGGCUGUGCUGGGUGGGCAGUUUUCCCAGAGCAAGGAGUGAAGCAGGACUGAGUUGGCGCCAGCUUCUUCAGACACUGGCUGGAUGGCUAGCCUGUCCGGGCUAGCUUGAGCCCAGCACUCCUCAGGCACUGUGUUCCUGCUCUAGGGCCCACAAGCCCCAUAACCUAAGACAGCAGCAUGUCACAGGAGACCACAGAGACACCAGAAAUGCCAGGAGCAGGGUAUGGCCAGACUAAAGCCAAAGCGAGGUUACUUCUAGGCACUGACAGGAAGAGGAGUCGCCUCAACAGGACAAGGCAGGACCUAUGGGACGACACAAGCUGGAGUCAUCACAGAUUGAGCAGAGCCACCUCUGCCCCUCGAGGGACCAGAGCUAGAGGAACAGCUCAUGGCAGGAGCGAGGCCAGCCCCGAGAAUGCCGCACGGGAGCGGACCCGGGUGAAGACACUGCGCCAGGCCUUUCUGGCCCUGCAGGCUGCUCUGCCUGCGGUACCGCCGGACACCAAGCUUUCCAAGCUGGACGUGCUAGUGCUAGCCACAAGCUACAUAGCCCACCUCACCCGAACCCUCGGCCACGAGCUGCCCGGCCCUGCCUGGCCGCCCUUCCUACGUGGACUCAGCUACUUGCACCCUCUCAAGAAGUGGCCCAUGCGAUCUCGUCUUUAUGCGGGAGGCUUGGGGUGCUCUGGCCUGGAUUCCCCCACAGCCAGCACUACCUGCCCAAAAUCCAGGAACACGGAGGCCGGGUCCCAGGUCUCUGCAGCAGAUACUUUCCUCGCCGCUCCAGUCUCUCCAGCUCUUGGUAACAAAUGACCGAUAUGCUCAUCCUAUUCUCUUAGACUGUGAUUCCUGCUGAAGGACCUGGAUUUCUACCCCUGUUCCUGUCUUCCCCCCUGAUUCUCAGCCUUUGGAUUUGACUCGAGCUCGGCUUUCAAGUUCGGGCUCGGCUUCCGUCAGGCAGAAGCAGCAGUGAUGACGUCAACCGUUCUUCCACGGUAGUGUCAGGAGUGAAAGAGGAAAAAGUGUUUGACACGGUUCAAAGUCAAGCAAUGGAAUCACCCCACCCCUUCCUCCCCUAGGGCUCUUCACACAGCAAGAAGACAGAAAUUGCUCUGCCAGUAGAGUGGGGCUAGGACAGCAGUAGCCCCAGGUGCUCAUGGGUACACCAGGGGGCCCAAAGGGCUUUUGGUAGCAGUAAGUGUGAACACAGCUGGGGUCAGGUCAUAAAGCCAGAAAGGAAACUGAAGAACAGAGUGUGAUUUUUUUUUUUUAAUUUCUCUACUAGAUGCUUAUCCAAGAGGCAUAGAAGAGUUUAGGGUGCUUCUCCUGGAUUAUGGUCUCUCCGGGGGGCCCCUCGUUCCCACGUUCCCACAGAGGACCAGGCGCCCUUUUACACCUUCUCAGCAGAUGAAGCUCCCAGACUCAAUGGCUUACCAUCCAGGGAACUUAGUCCCAGCUGUCUAGGGCCCAUUCUUAUCCUGAAGGCAGUUCUACCUUCCCCCAGUGAGGCAGCCACUCACAGCCACGCCUGCAAAGGAUAUCCAUGCGCUCAGCUUCAUCUCCUUGAAGGGCCCAAAAUGCAGCAUGGGUAUCUCUCUCAUGGCAGUGUUCUCUUCCUGUUAUUUUAGAGACCUCAAGGAAAUACAAAGCAGGCUUUGGCCUGUUUCCUGUGCCACCAGCAGUCAGGGCUUCAUUGGUUUUGUUAUAAGCCAUACAUUUCUAAGUAUCAGCUCCCAAGGCUAGCUCUCCCCACAGGCAUUGACAUUUUUCUAGGGCUUUUGUGGUGCUUGUUCUUGACCUUAAAGAAAGAACUAGAGGGCAGAGCAUGCAAUAAGAUGAGCUUUCCAUGUCAGGUAUGGUUUCAGAUUGGCCCCUGAGGUCUAAACAUGGAAGGAACCACCUUCCUGUCAUGUUUUAGCAACUGAGGCCAGUUAGAGUCCUGUCAGGGUGGUCAUGAGUUGAGCAGAGGCUUGGUCAGGCUGGGACAGAUGGGUCUGCUCCUCCAUAGGGCUGACCCCCUAAGGCAUCCAGAGAAAGAGGGUUGAGGGGGUGACUCAGCAAGCUGGGGUGGAGAUUGAAGACACAGAACGUCCCAGCCUGAGCUGCAUGGGCUGUGGGAGAGCAGCUGGGCUGUGGCUGGGAGCCAUAGCAGAAGGCCUCAGCCAAGGCCAAACUCAUAAAUCUGCCCGGUCCCUCAUUUCUGCUAAGGGACCCUGAGAACUUGUACAGAGCUGUUGCAGGCAGCUGGACGGGGCCAGGCAGGGGCAGAGACCAGGUGUGGGAGGGCAGGAGCAGUAUCCUUCACAAGACCAUAAAAGUCCAGCCUGGGUGUUCUAUUUUUAAAACAAAAUAGCAGCACCUCCCUGGUUGAGUUGGAAGGUGGUAAAGAAAGAUGUGUAUGAUUUCCUCCCUGGCGGUGGCAUUUGAUCUGUCUCUGGGCAGCCAGGGCAUUGGCUUUGGGCUGGGAGUCCCCUCGCAGCCUAAAACAUCUUUCAGUGAUUGAAGGGAGUCCGACCUGGAGCUUGAAAUGCCUACUGUAGCAGCUAAGAGCAGUUGGAGGCAGCAGAAGGAGCUGAAAUCUGCCUCCAGCAAUAGCUGAUGUCCCCCCCAGAACAAGUGUGUGCAGACUAUGCGCAAGUCAAGGAGCGCAGAUGGCAAGCGUGGUGAGGGUGCCAUGGUCCCAGGGUCAGAGGGAAGGCUUCACCCGGUGUACCCAGUCCAUUCGGUUUUGUUCCAGUCCCUCUCAGGGUGAGGUGCAGGCUGAGCAGCACAGAACACUUCCUGCUGACUCCCUGCCCCCGGCUGGAUGUGCUGCAGGAGAUGGGGACCACAGUUGAGACCAAGCAAGGGGAGGACAGAGCUUGCUGGUCCCACACGGCGAAGGGGUUCACCUUUGCAUACUGCGGAGUUCACCAGCAGGGAAUGAAGGAUGACAGAUCUUAACUGUCAACUUCACUGGAUUGAGAGACAACCGGGGGUUUGUAAAGUGUACCUCUGGGUUUGUGUGUGAGGACUUCUGCCUACUGAAUGGCUUAGCCCACGGAUGGGUUGAAAAUAGACUAUUGAUAGGCUGGAUGUUGUGACACACUUCUUUGAUCCUAGUGCUCAGGAGGCAGAGGCAGGAGAAUCUCUGUGAGUUGGAGACCAGCCAGACCAGCCAGGGAGACACCAUCUCAAAAACAACAUUAGACUAUUGGGUGGCAAUGAAACUGUGGACAGGCUGGAGGAAGGGGGCUGGGGCUGGGGCCUGUUACUGCUGUGCUCCUGCCUCUGUCUGCCUUGAGAAAAAGAGCCUUCCCUCCACGUUCUCUGCUUUGGAACUGAUAUCAUGAUGUUCUAGGCAAACCCAUGAGACCAAGAAGCCAUGGACUGUUCCCUCUGAGACUUUUGACCAAAAUAAAUCUUUCCUACUUCA